UUUUGUUUUUUUUUACGCCGAUAUCACAUUGUAUAAUUUACAUAAGAGAUGGCUUCAAUCCUGAACAUGGAAAUUAAGUCCACCCGAUGGGGAAUAUACUCUUGAAAUCGAAUUUCUUUCGUCACUAUAUCUGAAAGCAGGCUCUCUAAGGAUUGUCAAAGUCUCUCUGACUGCCGUUCUGGUUGGUUUAUUCCUUAUCAUAGUGUAUGGCUUUACUUUUAGGAAUCAGGUUGAAUUAAAUAGAUAGCAAUUGCAAUAAACGACGAAACCAAUCGAACAUGCCUAUCAGAUUAAGCAAAAGGAUUUCUUUAAUUCCGUUUUAAACCGAAGAAAUAACUGUAAGAUGCCGCAUGGAUUGAUUACGUUUGUAAGUGAUGUGAGCCAAUCACGCGCGUAGUUUCAUCCGUUCAAGGUACAUUUUGCGGUAGCUGGAAGCAAGUGCACGCUUUUAGCUAUAUCUGUUUUAUCCUUAGAUAAUCGUUUUGAUUUUUCCAAUUUACAGGGGACAAUUUUUACACCAAAUUUAUGCAAUAAAAAUAUUGGUCACCGUGCUAAUUCAAGAGCUGAAGACCAUCAUGCUUCUUUACUUGGUCCAUUGAUUGAAAAAAAAUACCAUGUUCUUGGAAAGCGCGCGCGCUUAUCCGCCUGAUUACAUAAAUUUUUAUUUCCAGUACAUGAUGUACAGUGCAAUACUGAGGAAUCACUUUAAAAGCAAUUUCCUCACUUUCGGGUCGUAAUGAAGAAAUCGUUUUGUUUGAUGGGCCCUCUCGGGAAGCGAAACUGUUUAUUGCAACUACAAUCCAUAAAAUUCAACCUGUUUCCUUACAGCAAAGUAUCGCACUAUCAAAAGGAUAAGAGAAAUUAAAAAAUAAAUUAGUAUAGAGUAUACUUCCCAUUGGUAACCGACUGAAUUUUCAUAAUUAAGAUUGGGGCAUUCUCUUUCAUGGAUACUACGAUGUCUUAUCAAUUGAUCGCAAACCAAAAUUAAAGAAGCCCUUACAGCCUACGUAAACGGUUGAAACAACAUUUUCUUCAUGCUUAUUUCGUUUGCAUCACUUGCCUCAUUAGCAAUCAUUCAAAAAGUAUUCAUAAUUUUCUGAGCGGCUGCGCCAAACAUGUGUUUUUUACCCUCUUGCUUUCCUAUCUUGGUUUCAUUGAUCCGAAUUGCGGAAUAUUGCGCGAAAAAAUGGGCGGUUUACGCAAAAGGCAAAUUAUAAAACCACGACACGGAAGAUGAGACCAGUGUCAAAUUAUUAGAUAUUUCAAAUGAAUCUUUCUUGACGCACCUAAAACGGUGAGCUUUAAACUUACAGUGAUUUACAUAUGAUUGGAAAUGAAAAAGCCGCAAGAUAGAUUUCAAACUAAAGAAUUUGUAUAUGCUUUUUUUCCAAUGCAAAUCUAAUCGAACAAAUGAAAACUAAUCAACUUAUGAAACACGAAACACCUAUCGAUCGAUGGAUAGCGUAAAACAAUCCUCAGAAAUUAAGUGAGAACAUACUUCUAAGUGAAGAGACGAUCGAACACUUUCUAGUCAUAGUGGUCAAUCGAGCUCUCAUGGGCUGAAACGAUUUUAGACUUAAAAGCACACGUUUGGCAAUACCUGAAAAAUCUAAUUAAAAAUGACCUCAAUCAUUUUUGGAAUAAGACUUAUUCAUGGGCAGAGCUUGAGGAAAAUCCUUUUGAUUAGGCGGCGUUUAGCGAUUCUGAUUCAGCUUUUUCCUGUAUUGUUGCUGGACACAUGUCGACUGAGAAGUUACUCCCAGGAGAUGCUUAAACCACUCUCUAUUAAAGCCAUAAGAUUUCCUGCCCCUUUACCUUCCUCCGAUUUCAUGCUAGAGAGAGAACGACUGGUUGAACAAGUUGUUCCGAGACGUAUACUUAUCUUGCAUUUAGCUUCCAGAACGACAUGGUAGACGUUUCCUUGGCCAGUUUUACAAAUUUUACAAACAAAACUAGCGGACGAGGCGACACAGCAGAUGUACCUCCGGUGGCUGGUGCCAUAAUCAUAAUCAUCAUCAACACCAUCACUUUUCCCUGCACAGUUGUGCUCAACGCACUUGUGAUAAAGGCUGUGAAAACGACGCCUCGACUCCGUACCAACAGCAACAUCUUGCUGGCCUGUUUAGCGGUGACCGACGCCUUAACUGGUCUCCUUGGCCAGCCAUUGUUUGUCCUGUGGAAGAUUUUCCUAUUAGUUGGUCUCAGUGACAGUAAAAUAGUUGAAAACUGCAAUUACGCAAUUGUGGUUAUAACACUUACAGCAUCAUUCUUUCAUCUGAUGUUCGUUACUUUCGAGAGACUCAUAGCUAUCAAAUUUACAAUGCAGUACUCAAACAUUAUAACUGAUAAUAGCAUGAAGAGAGCAGUGUUAGUAGCUUGGAUCAUUUCCUUUAUUUUUGGAGUUUUUGAUGUGAUAGAAUGGGAUCUAGUAUUACGUUCUCUGUCUGGUGUUCUUACUGCUUCAUGUAUUAUUUUCCUUUCUGUCGCUUAUUUCAUCAUGUAUCGUGAAACACGUCGUCACCAAGAGAAGAUUAAAACUCAGCAAAUGCCCCAGGAAGAAGUGGAAAGAUUUACCAAAGAAAACAAAGCGCUUAAGACAACUUUAUAUGUAGUUGGUGCUGUUUUCGUUUGUCUUCUUCCACUUUGUUUCUGUCUUAUUAUUAUAGCUACAGGUCUUUCUGAAAGUUGCCCCAUCGAUCUGUCAUUGAUGCAAACAUGUGCCAUGUUAAACUCGUUUGUUAAUCCACUGAUUUACUGCUGGAGACAAAAAGAGAUGAGACAGGUCAUUUUUGAAAUAAGACCCGCGGUAGUGCAUAUACACAACCAGUGAAGGAAGGGAGUUUGGUAGAAAGUGUUAAAACCUUAGGUACCACAUAUCUAAAAUUUGCUGACGUCUUUUCCAGCCACUGGAUAAACAAAAUUCCUGAGUUACUGUUUUUUUUUUGGUAAUUAUGUUUUCGGGAGGUGAUUCGUUAACCGCCUGCAAAUUACAAAGUUACUUUCAAUUGUCCCUGUUUUCUAAAGUUAUAAUAAACAGUGAAUACAA